AUGAUUGAUAGUGGGGCGUCCUCAAGUUUCAUGGACUAUACCUUUGCCCUCAAACACAGCAUCCCUAUUCAGACCCUGGAGCAACUCUUGUCCGUGGAGACCAUCGACGGGCAUCCCCUAAAGUCAGGGACUGUAACCAGAGCGACUGAAAUGCUGCGAAUGGAGAUCCCAAGACAUGUGGAAAAGUUGUCAUUUUACCUGGCGGCCCUGCCCCGUUUCCCGGUAGUGCUAGACACCAGAGAUGGGACUAGGACAAUUGAGAGUGCCAGUCUUAGUCCUGAGUCGCCAGAGGAGAGCCAGAGUGACCUGGUCAUUCUUCAUUUCAAUGAUGUUUAUGAGGUGGAGUCUAGGAAAGAGGAACCGGUAGGAGGUGCUGCCAGAUUUGCUACAGCUAUCAAAAAGUUCAGCUUAUUGAAUCCACUUAUAAUAUUUAGUGGAGACUGUUUAAAUCCAUCAGCUUUAAGUGCAAUAACAAAAGGAAAACAUAUGGUUCCAAUUUUAAAUGCACUUGGAGUACAUUUUGCAGUGUUUGGAAACCAUGAGUUUGAUUUUGGCGUGGACACUUUGGAGGAAUAUAUCAGACAUAUGCACUUCCCAUGGUUCCUCAGCAAUGUACAGGAUAAAUUUACCUCUGAACCAUUGGGACAUGGAACAAUAAAAGACAUUGUGACGUGGAACAGUAUAAAAAUUGGUUUUAUGGGAUUAGUGGAAGAAGACUGGCUGGACACGUUAGCUACCAUUAACAAAUCAAACUUAAACUAUGUUGAUUAUGUUCAAAUUGCCAACCAGCUGUCUGUGGAGCUUAAAGCCGAGGGAGCAGAAUUUAUAAUUGCUAUGACACACAUGAAAUGGAUUAAUGACACGAGGCUUGCACAGAGUACUGAAGGAAUAGACCUAGUCCUAGGAGGACAUGACCAUGAUUAUGGGAUAAAGCAGGUGAAUGGAACAUGGAUUGUCAAAAGCGGUUCAGAUUUUAGACAUUUCACAAAAAUAAAUGUGAGAAAAGGUGAAGCAUUUCAAUACACAUUUGAAAAAACAGACAUUUUACAGCACUUUGAGGAAGAUCCCAUUGUACAAUCUUUAGUAAAUGACUGUACUCAAAACUUGCAGAAUCUUUUAAUGGAAAUUCUCUGCCCAAUUGAUGUUGAUUUAGAUGGACGUGUUACAACUGUUAGAAGAAUGGAGAGCAACUUGGGAAAUCUGGUAGCCAAUGCAAUGCUGGAAGCUACUCAUGCUGAUGUAGCAUUGCUUAAUUCAGGAACACUUCGUUCAAACCGAAUACACCCAGCAGGAGAUUUUACAAUGCAUGACCUUUUGAAUAUUCUUCCCUUCAUGGAUGCCCUUCUGGUAGUCAGAGUGACAGGUAAACAGCUGCUGGAAGCUCUUGAAAAUGGAGUUUAUAGAUACCCAGCUCUUGAUGGAAGGUUUCCUCAAGUAGCAGGAAUGGAAUUUGGAUUUGAUCCAAAUGCAGAACCAGGACACCGCAUUUUAAGAGACUCUGUAAAAAUUCAAGGACAGUAUUUAAAGAAAAAUCAUGUCUAUCAACUUGCUAUUAAGGAAUACUUGGCUAAUGGAAAGGAUGGCUAUGUGAUGUUUCAGAAUUGCUCCAGGGUGUUUGAUACAGAAACUGCACAGACACUUUCCACAGCAGUUAUUAAUCAUUUUGAUUCCAUCAAGAUUGUACGAGGAAUCAAGCAAUGCUUCUCUGGACACCGAAUGAGUUUAAUUACAAAAUCAACAACAACAUCAUUAAUAGCCUUUGAAACACAAACAGAUGAAAAAGAAGUGAUAAUUGCUGUGCCUGGUAUAGAAGGAAGGAUCUGUCACAUUUCACAGGACAUGAAGGAACACUUGCAGCAGCUUCGAAUAGCAAGGGAAGAAGGUUUCCAUGGAUUUCCUCCACUUCCUAGCAAUGAUUGUGAGAAUUUGGAUUUGGAAUAGAUUUAGCAAAACC